AUGGUUGGGAAUGAGUCUGGGAGUCGGUCUCGGACUCAGGUGGGGACUAUCGUAGAUGUUUACAUUGCAAAGAAGCUAUCCAAAUUAGGUAAACAUUUUGCAUUUGUUUGUUUCAUUAAAGUGUUAGAUGAGAAACUGUUGGAAAGUAAGAUUAGAGAUAUUUGGUUGGGUUCAUACCAUCUUUUUGCUUCAGUGGAAUGCUUUCAACGAGAAUCUGAUCAUAAAGGGCAUUCUAAUUCACAUGCACAUGGUGAUCAAGGGGUGUCGAAACUUAAUGGGUUGGGGCUCGAAUCCUAUGCGAUUGUGGUUAAGAGGGGCAAGCGCAUACAUAAGCUGAAAGGGCCUAAACCUAAUGUUUGUACUUUGUCUGGGAAAGAGAUAUGCAAUAAUAUGUCCUUAAAGGCUUCGGUGUUUGUGAAACUCAGGGAUAUUAUGUUGAUUCAAAAUUUUUGUGUGUUAUUAAAAGAAGAAGGUUUUGAUGAUCUUCAAAUCAAGUAUUUUGCUAGUGAUUGGGUAUAUUUGACAUUUUUGUUUGAAGAGGAAAGAGUUGUGUGGAUUCAGAUGACUGGGUUGACUUGUUGUGCAUGGAAUGAAGAUGUUGUUUCUAAGGUGGCUAGCAUGUGGGGUGAUGUAUGUUUUCUAGAUGAUCAUAGGGAUGCUCCUUUGGUAAUCAAGAGGGUAUGUAUUAAGACUUCUAAGUCGGCUUUGAUACAUGAGACAGUUAUAGUGGUUGCCCAAGGUAUUAAGUAUGAUGUGACAGUUUGUGAAGUUUCUAAUUGGAAACCGGAUAUAUUGGAAGAGGGGGAGGUGGGUUCGGAUAUUCUAGACUUGUCUGAUGAAGAGGAAGCUAAUGAUUUUUUUAUUGAUGAAUGUGUGUGUGAUCUACAAAAGGAUUGUCAGGAAGGUAAGGGUGAUGAGGAGGUGGCAGAUUCUUUUAAUGUGGAUAGCAAUCCAAAUUUAGUUGACAAAGGAGCCGGUUUUGUAGAUAGAAAAGGUCAUUUUUUUCAAACUAGUGGAAGGAAGAAGAAGGUGGAUAUAUGCUUUGAAUAUGAUGAGUGGGUCGCAUCGAUCCCAAUUGAUGCAUCGGUGACGUUGCCGACUAGGCCCGAGAGGGUUUCUUUUUUUGGCUGA